GACUACUGCAUGGAGAGUUUGAGUAACAGGUCUAUCAAGCAGAAUAUUGAGCAAAACUCAAUUUCUCAGUUGUAUAAAAUGAGAGUAAAAUGUAAGUCACUCUGGAUAAGGGUGUCUGCCAAAUGCUGUAAAUGUACAGUUGACUGCACACUGUAAGUGACCAGAGACUUAUUUUUGUGUCAAAAAAUCUGAAAUCAUUUGCAUUGCAUUUUUGCACUGCGUAUUCCAAUAAAAGCUAAAGGGAAGUUAGUACUGCAAUAAUGUCUUGUGAAAAUGUAAAUGAAGACACAACAUAUUCACACAGAAGGACAGAGACAGAGACAAUAACAGUGUGUAACAGAACAGGAGCAGGAGUUACAGAACUUUGGUAUCUUUCUGAAGUGGAGUUGGUGUAGAAAUCUGUGAGAGUGAACUCAGGAUGAAGAUCCUCCUCAUCUUCGUGCUCUGUCUGAUCUCAGGUGGAGGAUCAGUAACAGAUGAAAGGAUGUCUUCAGGAGAAGGUGUCUUUAUCACCAGUGGAGGAUCAGUAACAGAUGAAAGGAUGUCUUCAGGAGAAGGAGUCCUUACCACCAGUGGAGGAUCAGUAACAGAUGAAAGGAUGUCUUCAGGAGAAGGAGUCCUUACCACCAGAUUUCCAGCUUUCACUGUGAUCACUGUGUCUGUAAUUCUGCUGCUGCUUCUGAUUGGAAUUAUAAUCCUCAUUCUGACUCUACGAAAGAGACGCAUAAUUAAAGCUUCUCUUGGCAUGUGUUGUGUACCAGGCUCAGGAAACAUCCAAGAGGUUCCUGUUGUUUUUAAUGAGAUUAAAGACACCAGACAACUUUCUGAAACUUCUACUGUUUAUUCCAAUGCUCAACUGCCCACAAUCCCCUCGGAUCAGGACACCUUCUCUACAGUUCAGUUACCCACACAUCUCUCGACUGAGGCUGAAGGUCUGACUUAUGCAACAAUUAGUCUUCACUCUGAUGCCACCAGCACUGAUGAUGCAGUUCCACAGUUUAAGGAAGACGUCUCUAGUGAAAAUAGUUCAGUCCAUCACAUUAGUUCAUCUGUUUAGUUUAGCAUCAUAAGGGCUAAGUCAUACAGUGCUGGAAUAUUUCUUUAUUUCUCUUCCACUUCUUCCACCUCUUCCCCUUCUUCUUCACUUUUCUCACUUCUUCUUUUUCUUCUCCUUCUUCUUAUUUACACUGGUCCUACCUUCUUUAUCUUACACUGCUAUAUGUGAAUAGAUUAGUGCUCCAUUAGAUCCAUUAGAUCUUCUUCUUCUUCUUCUUCUUCUUUCUCUUCCUCCUCCUCCUUCUUCUUUUCCUCCCUCAAAACAUUAACUGCAGCAAUUGGCAUAAUACAUUGGAAUUUUCAUUAACCUUUCCAUUUCUCACACAUGCACUUGUUUGUUUUUCAUUUUAAACCAUGGCCACAUUUUCACACUGUUUUAUAUCUGGACUCCUAAUUAUGUGCUGCUUCUAUCAUAUUAAAGUAUACUAUAGAAUGUAUAAUAUUUAGCAAAUAUCUAAAAAAUUGCUUUGUAGAACCAUGACUUCUUUCUAUUGAAAUAUGACAAGAUUCUAAAUAAUCAGUUAUAUUGUAGUUAAUUCUGAUCAAAUUUUCUGUUUCUUUAGAGAAAUCUUCCUUCUACAUAUAACACAGUAUGAUUUGCAAAUGAUAGUGAUGAAACAAUGAAUAUUCUAAUUAUUCUAUAAAAGCUGACGGUGAUCUCCAGCGACAUUUGGGUGUGGGUUUGAUUAGAUGAGAUGUAGCAAAGUGUACUCAGUUCUCUACACACUCUUCUGUUAAUGAUCCUGCUCACUGAUACUGCUCAAUGUACUUAAACAGUAUAUAUCAUGUCAUAUUUCGGCUCAAUGUACUUAUAUAUAUCAUGUCAUAUUUUGGCAUAAUGUACUCAGAUAUAUAAUGUCAUAUGUCGGCUCAAUGUACUUAUAUGUCAUAUGUCGGCUCAAUCUACUCAUAUAUUUCAUGUCAUAUAUCGGCACAAUGUACUAAAUUAUAUAUAUCAUCUCAAUGUCGGCUCAAUGUACUUAUAUAUGUCGUGUCA